CCCACAAUGCCAGCAUUUGCUCUUUCUAUUCUAUGGUAGUAGGACGAGAUGUUUUUGUGCAAACGUCACUUCCGACACCUCUGCCGGUGCUUUUCCAUGGUUACGGACAUCUCGGUAGCCGUUUGGAAUCGUCUACUGUUUCAAACCACAGUGAAUGAGAAAGUGAUCAUCAAUGGAUGCAGAGGGAGACAGAGCACUAGAGUUUCCAGCACUAGAUUCAAAUGAAUCCGAUUCUGAGAUGAAGCCAGAGGAGCCGCACUGGGUAGCCCAGCUGUUCCCUCCUCACUUCACCCUGCUCGACCUGCUGGAGGGCAGCGGUGGGAGAGCCAGGCUGGAGGAACCGAGCCCCUCCCUGCAGGCGGCUUCAGAGAAGGAGAACCAGGAGAGGAGACGCAGGGUGCAGGAGAUCUACAGGUCUGCCCUGCAGGAGGUGCAGCUGAGAGAGAGUACACAGAGGAGGGAGAGGCUAUCGAAAAUGAUCAUCAGUGAGGGGGACUUGAAGGAGACCGACCCCAAACGUUCAGGCCGUAAAGGUAGGGUUUCCAGCCAGCCUCCGGAAAAGGAGGUGGUGAAGGAGGAUGAAGAGGAGGAGGGGGAGAGAUGCAUCUGGAACGCGCGGGACCUCUCGGCGCUGCGCAGGGCCGCGCGGGAGGCGGAGCUGGACCGGCGCAGGCUGAGGGCGGAGCUGCGGCAGGCGCGGGCGGAGGCCGGGAGGCAGCGGGAGGAGCGCGGGCGGCUGCAGGAGCUGCUGGACCAGCAGGAGGAGCAGCUGGGCCUGGCCAAACGGGCGGCGGCACAGCUCACUCUCCGCCUGGACGCUCUGAGGGCCGAGGGCCGCGGCAGGGAGACGCAGCUGGAGCUGCGGACGGCAGAGGCCAGGGACAGGGCCCAGGAAGCCCGCAGGGCCACCGCGAGGAUGAGGAAGGCCGAGGAGGAGGCGCAGGAGGCCAGGAGGGAGAACGCCGGCUUGGCGUGGGAGCUGGAGAGGCUGAAGGGCCAGCAGGAGGCGGAGGGGCGGAGGCAGGCCGAGGCUGCCCGGGUGGAGAGCGAGGCGGCCCUGCAGAGGCUGCAGAGGGAGGUGGGGGUGGUCCGGGGGGAGCUGGAGGCUGAGCGGCAGAGCCACACCCGCAGCCAGGCCGCUCUGGAGCUCCUGCGCAGGCAUUUCACUGGACACCCUUCAGAGGACAACAGGCAUUUCACUGGACACCCUUCAGGGGAGAACAGGCAGAGCAAUGCGGACAGGAUAUCAUACAUUUAGGCCUGCAUUCAAUCAAAGUGCGUGUUAAGUUGUAUUGUACAUUUUAUCUGCGCAAAACCAAAGCAUUCCAAGGUCAUUGCUGAACUCUCUAAACUGUAUUGGUGAUGAUAUAACUAGCAGCUUGUGCUUGCCUGUAAUUAGUGAAAGAUAUGCCUCUCCUCAGGUCUGCAGAACCACACCAAUAGCAUUGUGGGGCCUGUUGGGUAAUGUAGUCUAACUCGUGAGGGAAUUCAUCAGAGUGCAAACACAAUGCAUACAAUGGUAACUUGAGUGAAGUGUAAUUUAUGAUGAGAAAUCCUGAGGGGGAAAAAAAUAUAUGAAAACUGAUAGUGCCAUGAAAUAUUGAGGAAAGGAUCAUGUUAAUGUAUGAGAUCAUGGGGGAGUUUGUGGGAAACUUUCUGUAACAGAUGUCCUGCAAGCGAUAAAUAAAAGGUGAAACGGUGUGGUAUGCAAGGAA